AUGGCUUUAAGAAAAAGAACAUUUCUGCAUGAUGCAAUAGACAUGAUAUCGAUGGGGAGCCAUACACUUGAGAGUGAUGAUUUUACAAGAUGCUUUCAGCCAAUAUCAGGCAUUGAGAUGGACUCUAGUGGGAUAUUCUAUACAUUUUCGUUUCUGAUCAGGUACUUUGUUUUAUUUCCAGCCAGAUUUGCCUUUUUUGCUGCGUGCAUGGCUAUAUUCUGCCUGAUGGUGAUGAGAUACACAGUCACUGGAAAUAUCAAGCAACUGGAUAGUGCGUUUAUGUUUAUAAACAAAUCACUGAUGAUGGCAACAAAUGCUAAAAUCAGGCAUAUUGGGGAAAAGGCUAGGCUGAACGAGCCUCAUGUGUAUGUGGCAAACCACACGUCCUUUUUUGAUUUCAUGCUACUUAGCAGUUACAAAUUUCCUCAUGCAUGCGUCUCUGAAAAUCACGGAGGUCUGUUUUCGUUUCUGUUUAAGCUUAUUCUAACGCGCAACGGCUCGAUUGCUUUCAAAAGAAGUGAACGAGUGGAUAGAAGGUUGGUUGUUGAGAAGCUGAAAGUGCAUGUGCAGAACACACAGUGGGCGCCGAUGCUGAUCUUUCCGGAGGGAACUUGCGUUAACAACAAAUUCUCUGUGCUUUUCCAGAAGGGGGCGUUUGAGCUUGGAGUGGCGAUCUGCCCUGUUGCAAUAAAAUUCAAAAGAGGGCUUUUUGAUCCUUAUUGGAACAGGAGAGUCCAUGGAUUUGCAACACACAUGUUCUAUCUUAUGACACGGUGGCGGGUGGAGGCUGAAGUAAGAUGGAUGCAGCCUGUGAGAAUCAUGAAGGGAGAGAACCCAACACAAUUUUCACACAGGGUUAAGAUUCUUAUUUCCAAGAGCGCAGGGUUGAAAAAUACAUUGUGGAAUGGGUUGCUGAAGAGCAGCCCGGCAAUAAAAGACAGAGAAAUGCUGGGAGAGGCGUAUCUGAUAACAUAUGGGAAAAUGGCAUCCAAAGGAUUCUGCAAGAACGAGCAAAAGACUGAUAAGAAUAAGGUUUAUCUUUGCGAUGAGAAUAUCGACAACACAUCAACAAGGAAUCAUUUGUAUUUUGAAGCUGCUAUUCCGUACAAAAAGUUCCAGAACGAGGUUCUUAAGGAGUAUCUGAGACUCAAGGAGCUUCCUCAGACAGAAUUGAAAUUCCUAUUGACAAAUCACAAAAGUGUUAGCGAUUCACUCAAAGAUGCAAAUGGAGGGAUGUUCUGCAAUUGUCAAAGUAAAUUGUAA